UGCUACAGCCAUCAGACAGUAGCAAUUUAAGCCUCUUCUCUGGAAUUCCAGUGUGACGAGACAAUGGCUCACUCCAGGAAAGGCUUAAAGGGAGUGGUGCAUUCCAGGCAAGCAGAGGCAUAUCAGGAUAUGGUGAAUUCAAGCCACAGUACUGAAUGUUUACAAGAAAAUGCCACAGCACACACUGCACUAUCAGAAACUUCUUUUUACUUGUUCCUCAGCUUUUCCGAGUUCCUGAUAGACUGCAAGCAUCCACCAUUUCUGCCACUCUAGCAGUGUUAGCUAGAGGCAAGCACAGACUCCUAAUCACCCACUUCAGGAUAAUCCCAACCACCAAACCUCUGCCACUUUCAAGCUCAGACAGUUGCCCAGCAGGUCCUUGCUUGGUCCCAAUUCAAAUACACCCGGGGGGGGGGGGGGGGCAACAGGCACCCUUCCUCUUCAGUCAGUUCUGGCCACGCAUCUUCAGCAACCGGAUAACCUACCUAUUGGAAACAUAUCUAUACUUAAGGGAGGCACGGGUGCACGGGUGGAUAAAACCUUUUUGCUACCAUUUACCAAAGCCAAGAAGCACCAACACGGGUAUUAACACGGCACAGAGCGGACCCAGCCGCGCAAGGGUUACCUUUAAAGGACCGUCCACCCCUGAAGCAGUGCCUGCUCUCAAACACCAUUACAGGCUGGCAUUCUUUAAGCAGGCAGGAAACAAGAUAAGGUGCAGGAAGGAAACAUUCUCGACUGAAAUGAACGCUCUGAGCCUCAGCUGCUGCCCCUCGGUCCUUCCCCCGCUCUCCCUCUCUCCCUCAGCCUUCCUGGCCAGAACGCACCGCUGCUGAGCCCGAACACACACCAGGCGCCGCGUUCACCAGCAGCGGCCUGGGGGCAGCACCGCGGCCCGCCCCGAGGCCCGCCCCGACACACCUCCCCCGGGGAAAGGCCGCGGAGCCCUCGUCCCAGCCCCAGGCGGGAGCCCCGGCGGGGCCCAACGGGGGCGCCCCGGCCGCGCGCCGCCGCCACGCAUGCGCGCGGGACCAGCAGCGUCGCGGGGAUUUCCGGGUCAGCGGUGGCUCGCGCUGCCCUCCCCGCCCCGCCAUGGAGGCCGGGCCGGGCCCUGGCGGCGGGGAGCUCGGCGACACGGCCGAGAGGGAACUACCUAAGCCUUAUGUGCCGACAGAGGAGGAGAGAAGACUCCUUAAGGAAUGUGCUGAAGAGAGUGCCCGGUAUAGAGCUUUUCCUCUGGCUGCAGUGAGCAUGCUUGGUACCAGCUUCUUAAUUAAGAAAGGCAUUCUAAGAGACAGCUCAAGAUUUGGCUCCUUUGUAAAAGUUGCAUUUGCUGGAGUAUGUGGAUACAUGGCUGGGAAGAUUUCCUACUUGCCAAUCUGCAGUGAGAAAUUUAAGCAGCUGAAGGAUUCCCCGAUAGGAGACGUUCUACGACAAGCUCAGAGGCAUAGUUCACCUAUCCGUUCCAGUCGGAAAUCUGAAUUUUCAGACAUGCCUCCUCAGUCAUAUGCUGAAUCUUCUUCUCCCAGAGCUGGAUACCCACUUCCUUCUAGCUAUUCAGAUGAUUAUAGUUCAACAGAUAGAGCCCUCUCCAGUUAUGAACCCGUUCCUUUCAGUGCUUCCCUGAAUGAAUCCUCACCUACAGGAAUUACUGAUUAUGCUGCUCAAGAUCCUGCUCCAAUUCCAGAAGAAAGUCGUAAAAAAAAAGGCAUCACAUAUGAGGAAUUAAGGAAUAAACACAGAGAGACAUAUGAGGUAAUGCUACCACCAAAGGCAGAAACUCCAAGCAAGUUUUCACAGGAAAAACCAGCUAAGGAAGUUAAAGUAAAUAAAUACGGAGAUACCUGGGAUGAGUAAGAGCUGAAUGAAGAACUGAAGAGAAUGAUCUCCUGUCAGCUAACUUGAACUUCAUCUAGAUUAGUCACAAGUAUGAGCAUCUUUGGUGUCUUCUGCCAGGCACAGCUCUUAAUAAAUGAGGAGAAAAUCCUGACUUGCCAGAAGAUUAAAAAAAGAAAGCAAGCAUUUAGGCUUAAUGUUUUUUUUUUUUUAAUUUUGCAUAAAUGGCAAGCGAGGCUAUUGUGAGGUGUCCUGACUAUAAACCAUUUGUGCUACUGUUGAAGAGUGAAAAGGGUAACUCACAAUAACGAAUAUAAAUGCAUAGCAGAGGGUAAAAAUGUAUGUAAAUAAAUGCAAUCACGUGUAUUGGGAAGGGGGAAAAAUCAGAAUCUUCUCAAAUUUCCAAGACUUGCAUUAAAAGUUGCCUGUAGACUCGCC